UGAGGAGAAGCGACAAGGUAGGCUGUCAUUCUGCAAAAGCUGCCCAUCGCAAGCUUUCCUCUCAGAAGCACUGCUCUUCUUUUUUAGAAAGCUUGAAUCUCAGUGGUGUCUCUGGAGACAAGAAGCCUUCAGUAUGUUAAAUUACUUUCAUUAUGUAUUUUCAGAUGCUUAUUGAUUCUACCGUAGGAAGAGUGGGAGACUGCAGCAGCCUGUAAACCAGAACUAAAGCAGUUGUAUACAUUAGCAGUAUGCUGAAACAAUGGCACAGUACAGGCACAAAUUUUCAUUAAGGUCAUUUUUUGAAGAUAUGCUUAUUACCCUCUUUCCCUUCUACUCUGCUAACAAGUGAACAAAAUGAAUCCCUCCAACCUGGAACUGCUUCACCUGCAUCGAGAAUUUACCAAAUCUUUAGUGGAGGGCAUGCAGCAACUAAUUCAGUUUUACAACUGACAAUAUGAAGAAUGCAGUUGACCGGGUAUCUUUGUAGCUGUAUGACCUACAAGCAGCAGGAUGCAUCACUAAAAUGUAUUCUUAAGACAUAAAGGAAUUAGAAACAAAACAUGGAACACACUUGUAUUACCAUUUACGUGCAUGACACUUCAACAAUAUACAUGGAAGACUAACACAUCUGCUCAGAUUUUCAUUAAAAGAAGAGUGCAAUGAUUGAUUCUUAAAAUGGUGAGCAUUUCUUAAAGAGGGAUUUAUAAUUUAAAACCAGAAUUGUGGAAACUACUGAUGCAUGAAGAGACAAUGAAACAUGAAAUCUCAAAAGGAAAAUAUGCAUACUUCACCAGCAAGCUGAAUAAAGGUUUAACCAAGCUUUUUCUAUACUACUCAUUAAAUAACUUAUUUGUCAUAAUGACUAAUGGAUAUUUUUCCCUCAAUUUUAUGAUGCUAUGUAUUCUCCUUAAAUCAAAAUAAACCAAAUUAGGUAACUCAUGGUUACUCUCAAAGCACAUGAACUGGAUUUUAUGAUGUAUAGCAACUUCUUUGACUAAGCCAUCACUCAAAAGUAAUGAGCAGGAAUAUUACAGAAAGAAAUACGCAACCAUAAACUAAAGGAUGUCUACAUGCACUCUGAAAACAGAGAUCAGAAAUUAUUUCUCUUUAAACCUGGAAAAAAAAAGCAGGCUGCUACAAAAUGCAACAGGGGAAAGAAAUUAACGUCACUUAAAAGAAGGUUUAUUUGUUAUUGCUGGCUUGAAACUCAGAACAGACACACAGAAUAUGCCCUGCUCUGUAGAAGUAUCUGAGGCAAUUAAGAAGUCCCCGUGUUUAAUCAGAAUUUUUUGCCGCUGAACUGCAGGAACAAAAAAAAAGGAAAAAAAACCUGCAAGGAAUGAAAUAAGAGCCCAGCCACCACUUGAUUUCCAGGUUACAUGUCAAAAAUCUCUCAGUUGCACCAUGUAUCAAUUUAUGACAAGCUGCUGCCACGAUCUGAAAGGCCCUUGAGGCUCAGAGAACAGGUAGGUCGGCAGUCCGUGCCCCCACCUCUGCUCAGCACUUGCAGGGAGCAGGGACUUACCCAGACAGGCGAUGGAUGCGCGGGGUAAAUGAGCUCCCUGCCUUCACGUUUCUGCUUUUAUUUAACUGAAAUAGAAUCAAUGCAACAAGGAGGUGAUGUUUAAUCUAUUCAUUAAGACUCUGCACAUCUGAACUUCUCUGUUUUCACAAAAUUUCAGUUGGCAUAAUGUUACGGUGAGACUGUCAUUUGUUUUAGCAGAUCUGCUUUUGAUUUCCUCCUGGCUUUUGCUAAUACAAAAGAACUUCAUUUAUCCAGCAAUGCAUUUGGAAUGGUUUCUUGAAAUCCAUUCACAGUCAGGACAGCAUACACAGAGGAGAUUGUAUUCCUGAGGGUUAAUAUAAACAGAAUAGAGGUUGCCUAAAUUAGAAAUGAAACAAAGCUUUUGAAAUACUUUUUGUUUCAUUUCACACCUGAGAUUAAUAUAUUUUAAUUUACAUCUUCUUUUAUUUAAAAGGCACAUGUGAAAUAGCUGUUGAAGAAUAACAAGAAUUUCCAUCAUACAAUUUGCAAUUAAUAGUAUUGUUCAAUUGAGGCUUUUCAGAACUGCAGAUGAAAUCCAUUUGCAUACUGUAUCCCAAGUGUGCUUAAUUCAUACCUUCAUUUUAAAAGAGCUCAUUUUUGUUCACCUUAGUGCUAUCCAUUUUAAUGUAUUCAGAAUAGAACAAAGGUCGGCAUUCAAAGUUAUUUUCAUGCCAAGUACGUCCCCUCUUAAAUUUAAAGCUACCUAAAAAAAAUAUAAACCCUCAAGUAUUAUAGCAAGAAAUUGAAUAACCUCUUUUAUUUAUUCACUCAAUUAUAAACUCAGGAGCUGCCUGACAAAAUAAACAAUACAAACAUCAGGUAUUACAUGCAGAUGCUACAUUUACAAUUCACCAGCAUGUGUAAAACAAAGCAGGUGAGCCACAAAAUAAAAAAUCUCCUAGAUGUAAGAAAUGCUACUUUUUUUAACCUCACUUAUUCCUAAGAGAAACAUGCUAUGUAUGUAAAUCUGCUGGAUUUAACUGCAGUUUGUAAAAAAACCAACCAAACAAACAAAAACCAAAACAGAAAUCAAAACCAAAACCCAAAAGGAACAAUUUUCUAAGUAUUAUUUUCUAAAAUUAUUUUCUUAAAUCUAUUCUGGAAUAAAAUUAAAUACUCAGCCACUCCAUGUAGGUGCUUAUUUCUUGAAGAAAUUGAAUACUCAAAUCAGAAAAAGGAAAUGUAGUAUUUUAUAAUAAACUCCAUUUCCCCAAACCCACAUAAAUUUUGCAUUUGAAAUUUUAUAUACUUAUAUAAAAUUGUUGCAGUGGUAAGCAUCAUACAUGCAGAUAAAAGAUAAAAAAAGUGAACAGAAAAUUUCAAGCUCUGUAAAAAUCUCCUGAAUUACAGAACUUCCAUUUCAGCCCACAACACAACUGUAAAUUUCAUAAGAAAGAGGUGGCUAAAUUGGCAUAAAUAAUUAAAAUGUUUUUUUUAUGAUAUAUAAGCAACAGUGAACCAUGUUCCUAUCACUUUCUUUUUCCACAAGAGCUUUUUAAAAUGAUCUUGAGCACUAAUUUGUUAAUACUUAACAACCUGCUCCUAAAAUGACCCUCAAAGCAAUACAAAGGCUAUGCACAAGUACAGUUUAUUCAACAAAUGGGCCUUUUGUGAAAAACCACAUCACUAUAAACAAAGCCUUGCCUCCUUAAGUGGAAGCUUUUCACUUUUUUUCUUUUUUUUAAGCAAAUCCUGCUUUCUUUUUAAAAGGAAAGACCUUAUUCUAGAUCCUCAGGCUUUUGAGUCCGUGCCAACUAAAGCUCUAAACAUACUGUAAAUGAAGAGUUUGGUAAGAAUAGUUGCUUUUCCUCUCUCCUCCUUCCCCAGGAUUUGUCUAAAAUAAGUGUUAAAAAAAGAAAUCAAAUAGAUCCAUAUUUUAUUUCACCUUUCAGGAGAAAAACCAACUGCAACAAAAGAAUGUGUUUCUCCCCCAUUCUGGAAGUCAACAUGCAGUCUGAAUCUAACAUUACAGUUCGAGAUGCCAUUGAUGACAUCGAUACCAACAUGUACCGACCACUGUCAUAUCCAUUAAGCUUUCAAGUUUCUCUCACUGGAUUUCUGAUGUUAGAAAUUGUUUUGGGACUUGGCAGCAACCUCACCGUGCUGGUACUUUACUGUAUGAAAUCCAACUUAAUCAAUUCUGUCAGUAACAUAAUUACAAUGAACCUUCAUGUACUUGAUGUAAUAAUUUGUGUGGGAUGUAUUCCUCUAACUAUAGUUAUCCUUCUGCUUUCACUGGAGAGUAACACUGCUCUCAUCUGCUGCUUCCAUGAGGCUUGUGUCUCUUUUGCAAGCGUUUCAACUGCAAUCAACGUCUUUGCUAUCACCCUGGACCGAUAUGACAUCUCCGUAAAACCUGCCAAUCGAAUUCUGACCAUGGGAAGGGCUGUGAUAUUAAUGACAUCAAUAUGGAUCAUUUCACUUUUUUCCUUCCUGAUUCCUUUCAUUGAAGUCAACUUUUUCAGUCUUCGAAGUGUAAGUACUUGGGAAAAUAAGACACUCCUGUGUGUGAGUACAAACGAGUACCACACUGAACUAGGAAUGUACUACCACAUUCUCGUUCAGAUUCCAAUAUUUUUCUUCACUGUUGUAGUAAUGCUAAUUACAUACACCAAAAUACUCCAGGCCCUAAAUAUUCGGAUUGGUACAAGAUUUACAACAGGACAAAAGAAGAAAGCCAGAAAGAAAAAAACUAUUUCUCUGACCACCCAGCAUGAGACUACAGAUGUGUCCCAGGGCGGUGGAGGGAAAAACGUUGUCUUUGGUGUAAGGACUUCCGUGUCUGUCAUAAUUGCUCUGCGCCGAGCUGUAAAACGGCACCGGGAGCGACGGGAACGGCAAAAGCGAGUCUUCAGAAUGUCCCUCUUGAUUAUCUCAACAUUCCUUCUCUGCUGGACACCCAUUUCUGUUUUAAACACCACCAUCUUAUGUUUGGGCCCAAGUGACCUUUUGGUAAAGUUGAGAUUAUGUUUUCUAGUAAUGGCAUAUGGAACAACUAUAUUUCACCCUCUACUUUACGCAUUCACAAGGCAAAAGUUUCAGAAAGUUCUGAAAAGUAAGAUGAAAAAGCGAGUGGUUUCAAUAGUGGAAGCAGAUCCCAUGCCAAAUAACGCUGUAAUACACAAUUCAUGGAUAGAGCCUAAAAGGAACAAAAAGAUUACCUUUGAAGACAAUGAAGUAAGGCAGAAAUGUUUAGUACCUCAGGUUGUCACUGACUAGAUUUCAGUAUUCACCAAAACACAUCAAACGGAAUAUUUGAACAAACUGUAGAAAAAUACUGCCAAAUAAGAAAAAAAACUUUUUUAACUAUUGGCGAGACUGUAUAUUUUCAAUAUGUAUGUUAAAUAGAUUAGAUCUUGUAUAUUCAAUUUCUUCAUUAUGUAAGAUAUAUGUUGCAUGGCUGUUUGUUAGCGUAACACCAUGUGUAUAUUUGUCAAAAAUAUUCAAGUCCUCUUUUUUUAGAAAAUAAAUAGCCUUAAAGAAGUGCAAACUUUUAAAAA